GCACCGAACGGAGCUAUAAAAGCCAGGCGGGGGAGAAAAAACACUUUUGUCAGACACUGAGACACACAAGCGAACCUGAGCACUGUUACGGCUCAGUUUAUUCUCCGUUUACAACUUGUCUCGGGGGGGAAGAAAGGAAUUUCAAUUUAUAAGAAUCGAAAAAGUGGAUAUACGCACCGUUCAGCAUCACAGUCGUGAGGAGCUGGAGUGCGCUCAGUGAGGCUGGGAAGACGGCAACAUGGCAGUCUUCACUCAACUGGGUUUACUGCUAUGGAAGAACUUCACCUACCGACGGAGACAGACUAUUCAGCUGCUGAUUGAGAUCAUAUGGCCUCUGUUUAUAUUCUUCAUCCUGAUAUCAGUCCGAAUACAUUAUCCACCCUACGAGCAACAUGAAUGCCACUUCCCUAACAAGGCCAUGCCUUCAGCAGGGACCCUGCCCUGGGUACAAGGCAUCAUCUGUAAUGCCAACAACCCCUGCUUCCGCAACCCCACCCCUGGAGAGAGUCCUGGGGUGGUGGGAAACUUCAACGAUUCUAUAAUCUCCCGUCUGUUCACUGAUGCCAAGAAGAUCCUGUUGUACACUCAGAACGAUCGGAGCUAUGAAGGCUACAAGGGACUGCUGAGAGCCCUCAGGAAGCUGCAGAAGAACACUGCUCGUUUCAAGCUGAAGGACUUUUUGCGAGACAAUGAGACCCUUUCACAUUUUCUGCACCACAACGCAUCACUUCCUCAUCAUGCACUGAAGCACAUAGUGGAGGCCGAUGUCAAUCUGGAGAAGGUGCUCACGAAAGGUUUUGGCUUCCACCUCAGAGACCUCUGCAACACCACGCCACUGGAGGAGUUUGUCCACAUCGCUGACCACAACGUGUCCGUAAUGACUCAAGAAAUAAUCUGCAAAUCCUCCAGUGAUUGGCUGAACCAGGCCCAGAGCCACUUUCUGUCCAACUUGGAUUUCCUAAAACCAAUUCGAAGAGAUGUGAAGUCAGACCCCAAAGUCCUUCAGGAAGUCUCAGCUGCAACCGACAGUCUUCUGGAGAGCCUGGGAGCACUGGCCGUGGAGCUUGCCAAUAUGAAUAGUUGGAAGGAUAUGCGAAAGGAGAUCCUGUAUCUGACUGCGAAUGCCACAGGGUCUCCAAACCAGAUUUACCAGGCCGUGUCACGUAUCGUCUGUGGACAUCCAGAGGGAGGUGGCCUCAAAAUCAAGUCUCUGAACUGGUAUGAAGACAACAACUACAAGGCCUUAUUCGGCAAUCACGGCAAUGACAGUGACAGUGAGCCCCUCUCGGCUUACGACAACUCUUCCACUCCCUAUUGUAACAACAUGAUGAGGAGCCUGGAGUCCAGCCCUAUUUCCAGGAUGAUUUGGCGAGCUCUGAAACCUCUUCUCAUGGGGAAGAUCCUGUACACCCCAGAUACUCCUGCAACCCAGAGGAUCGUCCAUGAGAUGAACAAGACCUUCCAGGAGCUGGGUGUGCUGAGGGAUCUCGGAGGGAUGUGGGAGGAAAUGAGGCCCAAAGUGUGGAACUUCAUGGAGAACAGCGAGGAAAUGGAUUUGGUCAGGACCCUGCUCCAGAAUAAUGCCAGCGCUGCGUUCUUUAACAGCCAGCUGAGUGGGACUGAGUGGCGUGUGUCAGAUGUGGCAAAAUUCCUGUCAAAAGUUUCAGAGAAACCGAGAGCUGCGGGAUCAGCCUACACCUGGAGAGAAGCCUUCAAUGAGACCGACCAGGCCAUACAGACUAUUUCACGCUUCAUGGAGUGUGUGAACCUGGACAAGCUUGAGCCGGUAGCUAAUGAGGAACGACUGGUCAACAAAUCCAUGGGUCUCCUGGAUCACCAGAAGUUCUGGGCUGGAAUUGUGUUUCCGGACAUUGGCCACACCAGCAGCGCCGACCUGCCACCCAAUGUCAACUAUAAAAUACGCAUGGACAUUGAUAAUGUGGAGAGGACUAACAAGAUUAAAGAUGGCUAUUGGGACCCUGGUCCUAGGGCGGACCCCUUUGAGGAUCUUCGGUAUGUUUGGGGAGGAUUUUCUUACCUGCAGGAUGUCAUUGAGCAAGGAAUCAUCAGGGCUGUCACUGGCACGAAAGAGAAGACAGGAAUCUACAUCCAGCAGAUGCCCUACCCCUGCUAUGUGGAUGAUAUUUUCUUGCGGGUGAUGAGUCGGUCGAUGCCUCUCUUCAUGACCUUGGCGUGGAUGUACUCAGUGGCCAUCAUCAUCAAGGGUGUGGUGUACGAGAAGGAGGCCCGACUCAAGGAGACGAUGAGGAUCAUGGGACUGAACAAUGGCAUCCUGUGGCUGAGCUGGUUCAUCAGCAGUUUAAUCCCGCUGCUGAUCAGCGCAGGCUUGUUGGUGAUGUUAUUAAAGAUGGGAAACCUGCUGCCUUACAGUGACUCAGGCGUUGUGUUUCUUUUCCUGGGAUCCUUCGGCGUAGUGACCAUCAUGCAGUGUUUUCUCAUCAGCACCCUGUUUUCUCGUGCCAACUUGGCAGCGGCCUGUGGUGGCAUCAUAUACUUCACUCUAUAUCUGCCUUAUGUGCUGUGUGUCGCCUGGCAGGACUAUGUGGGCUUUGGAGCAAAAGUUGUAGUGAGUCUGCUGUCUCCUGUGGCUUUUGGCUUUGGAUGUGAAUACUUUGCCCUGUUUGAGGAGCAGGGGGUGGGAAUCCAGUGGUCAAACUUGCUUGCCAGCCCUCUGGAGGAAGACAGCUACAACCUGACCACCUCCAUCUGCCUCAUGCUGUUUGAUGCUGUGUUAUACGGAAUAAUGACCUGGUACAUUGAAGCCGUAUUCCCAGGCCAGUAUGGGAUCCCCAGACCUUGGUAUUUCCCUUUCACUAAGACAUACUGGUGUGGAGAGAAAGAGAACAAGAACAUCUCCACUCCUCUGUCGAAGAAGGGCAACGCUGAAGCUGUCUGCAUCGAGGAAGAGCCAAGCCACAUUGAUCCAGGUGUUUACAUCGAGAAUCUGGUGAAGGUCUACAGCCACGGAAACAAACUGGCCGUUGACGGACUGUCCCUGAGAUUCUAUGAAGGACAGAUCACGUCCUUCCUCGGGCACAACGGAGCUGGCAAGACCACAACUAUGUCUAUCCUUACUGGCUUGUUCCCACCCACCUCUGGAACUGCUUAUAUCCUGGGCAAGGACAUCCGCACUGAACUCAGCACCAUCCGACAGAAUCUGGGCGUCUGCCCCCAACACAAUGUGCUUUUCAGCAUGUUGACAGUAGAGGAACACAUCUGGUUCUACGCCCGCCUGAAGGGUCUGCCAACAGAGAAGGUGAAGGCCGAAAUGGAACAAAUUGUGAAUGAUGUUGGGCUGCCUCACAAACGACAGUCUCGCACAAGCACCCUGUCUGGUGGGAUGCAGAGGAAGCUGUCGGUGGCCCUGGCUUUUGUUGGAGGCUCAAAGGUUGUGAUUCUGGAUGAACCUACUGCUGGAGUCGAUCCCUACGCUCGCAGGGGCAUCUGGGACCUGCUGCUCAAAUACAGACAAGGUCGCACCAUCAUCCUGUCCACUCAUCACAUGGAUGAAGCCGACAUCCUGGGUGACCGAAUUGCCAUCAUCUCCCACGGCAAGCUGUGCUGUGUGGGUUCGUCGCUCUUCCUGAAAACACAACUGGGAACAGGCUACUACCUGACUCUGGUCAAGAGAGACUAUGACUUGUCACUGCAGUCCUGCAGGAAUUCUGCCAGCACAGUGUCCUACAGCAAGAAAAACGAGAAGGAGGACAGUGUAUCGGAGAGCAGCUCAGAUGCUGGCCUUGGCAGUGAACCAGAAAGUGAAACCACCACCAUUGACGUCUCCCUCAUCUCCAACGUGAUUUUCAAACACGUCCCAGAGGCUCGCCUGGUGGAGGAUCUCGGCCAUGAACUCACCUACAUCUUGCCCUACCAGUCUGCUAAGGAUGGUGCGUUUGUGGAGCUCUUCCACGAGCUUGAUGACCGACUCACUGACCUCGCAAUAUCAAGUUAUGGAAUAUCUGAUACCACCCUGGAGGAGAUAUUCCUGAAAGUGGCUGAGGACAGCGGAGUGGAUUCUGUUGAGCUUUCAGAUGGAGUCGUACCAACUAGGACUCGUCGUCGUCAUGCAUUUGGAGACCACCAGAGCUGCCUGAAGCCCUUCACUGAGGAUGACUUUGACUUCAAUGACUCUGAAGGUGAUCCAGAAUCCCGUGAGACCGAUUGGCUCAGUGGAACAGAUGGCAAAGGUUCAUAUCAGGUCAAAGGCUGGAAUCUGAAGAGACAGCAGUUUGUUGCACUCCUCUGGAAACGAUUCCUUUACGCUCGGCGCUCUAGGAAAGGCUUCUUUGCUCAGAUUGUUCUUCCAGCGGUAUUUGUGUGCAUUGCCCUGGUGUUCAGCCUGAUUGUUCCUCCAUUUGGAAAGUACCCCAGUCUGGCUCUGGAUCCUGGCAUGUAUGGAGAACAGUUUACCUUCAUCAGUAAUGACAUACCUGAAGACCCUCACAACAACAAACUCUUGGGAGCGCUAAAAGAAAAACCAGGCUUUGGAACACGUUGCAUGGAAGGAGAGCCCAUACCGGACACUCCUUGUGCUGCAGUUCUAGAUGAGUGGUCGGUCCCACAAGUCUCUCAAAGUGUAAAGGACAUGCUCGACAAAGGCAACUGGAGCAUGGAGAAUCCUUCUCCCUUGUGUGAGUGCAGCUGUGAAGGGCGAAAGAGGAUGCUGCCUGAAUGUCCAGCUGGAGCUGGAGGACUUCCACCACCACAGAUGAAGAUCAGUGACAAAGACACUCUGCAGAAUCUGACCGGCAGAAAUGUGUCAGACUAUCUGGUGAAGACCUAUGCUCAGAUCAUCGGCAAGAGCCUGAAGAACAAGAUUUGGGUCAAUGAAUUCAGAUACGGUGGAUUCUCGCUGGGCGCCAGGAAUUCUCAGUUUCUGUCUCAUAAAGAUGAAAUUGAUGUUGCGAUUGCUCAGCUGAGGAGACGCUUCCGUCUUGAAGGAGGAACUGCAGCAGAUCGUUUCUUUCACAGUCUCUCCAGUUUUAUCCAAGGAUUGGACACCAAGAAUAACGUCAAGAUCUGGUUUAACAACAAGGGCUGGCACAGUAUUGGUUCCUUCCUCAACGUCAUGAACAACGGCAUCUUAAGAGCGAGUCUGCCGGCUGGAAAGGACCCAACAAAGUUUGGCAUCACUGCCUACAAUCAUCCACUUAACCUCACCAAGGAGCAGCUGUCACAGGUCGCAUUGAUGACGACAUCAGUGGAUGUGCUGGUGUCCAUUUGCGUGAUCUUCGCCAUGUCCUUUGUCCCUGCCAGCUUUGUGGUUUUCCUCAUCCAGGAAAGAGUGAACAAGGCCAAACACAUGCAGUUCAUUAGUGGAGUACAACCCUUCCUCUACUGGUUGGCCAACUUUGUGUGGGAUAUGUGCAACUACAUAGUUCCGGCCACACUGGUGAUCAUCAUCUUUGUGUGUUUUCAACAAGAAGCUUACGUCUCCUCCACCAAUCUGCCCGUGCUGGCCCUGCUGCUGCUGCUCUAUGGAUGGUCAAUCACCCCUCUGAUGUACCCAGCCUCUUUCUUCUUUAAGAUCCCCAGUACAGCCUAUGUGGUCCUAACCAGUGUCAACAUACUGAUAGGAAUCAACGGCAGUGUGUCCACUUUUGUCCUGGAGCUGUUUGGAAGCAAUGAAAUCGGUGGCAUCAAUGACAUCUUGAAGAAUGUGUUCCUCAUCUUCCCUCACUUCUGCUUGGGCAGAGGACUGAUUGACAUGGUGAAGAACCAGGCAAUGGCUGAUGCUUUAGAAAGAUUUGGUGAAAACCGAUUCCGCUCUCCUCUGGCCUGGGACAUGGUUGGAAAGAACCUGUUCGCGAUGGCCAUAGAGGGUGUUGUCUUCUUCUGUAUCACCGUCCUCAUUCAGUACCGCUUCUGCAUCAAGGCCAGGUCAUCCACCAGUCAUCUGAAGCCGAUUGGAGAGGAGGACGAGGACGUGGCCAGAGAGCGACAGAGGAUCCUGAGCGGUGGAGGACAGUCAGACAUCCUGGAGCUCAGGCAGCUCACCAAGAUUUACAAGCGGAAACAGAAGCCGGCCGUAGACCGGCUGUGUGUUGGCAUCCCUCCUGGAGAGUGUUUUGGUUUGCUGGGGGUGAACGGAGCAGGGAAAACCAGCACCUUCAAAAUGCUGACAGGAGACUCUGUGGUCACCAAUGGGGAGGCCUACCUGGCUGGCAAGAGUGUCACUACAGAGAUAGAUGAGGUGCAUCAGAACAUGGGCUACUGUCCUCAGUUUGAUGCCAUCAACGACCUCCUGACUGGCAGAGAGCAUCUGGAGUUUUACGCUAUCCUGAGAGGAGUGCCCGAGAAGGAAGUCUGUGAGGUGGCGGAGUGGGGCAUCAGGAAACUUGGUUUGGUCAAAUAUGUGGACAAGUCAGCAGGCAGCUACAGUGGGGGCAACAUGAGGAAACUGUCCACUGCUAUUGCUCUCAUAGGAGGACCUCCUGUUGUGUUCCUGGAUGAACCAACAACAGGGAUGGAUCCGAAGGCACGUCGUGCCCUCUGGAACGCCAUCCUGAGCAUCAUCAAAGAAGGACGAUCUGUUGUCCUGACCUCUCACAGCAUGGAGGAGUGUGAAGCUCUCUGCACCAGGAUGGCCAUCAUGGUCAACGGCAGGUUCCGCUGUCUGGGCAGUGUACAACACCUCAAAAACAGGUUUGGUGAUGGCUACACCAUCAUCCUGCGGGUGGCGGGGCCGAACCCAGACCUUCGGCCGGUGAUGGAGUUUAUCGAGCGGGAGCUGCCAGGGAGCACGCUGAAGGAGAAACACCGCAACAUGCUGCAGUACCAGCUUCCCUCGUCCCUCACCUCCCUCGCCCGCAUCUUCUCCCUGCUCUCGAAGAACAAGGAGGCACUUAGCAUAGAGGACUACUCCGUCUCUCAGACUACGUUAGACCAAGUGUUUGUAAAUUUUGCCAAGGACCAAAGUGACGAGGACCAUUUGAAAGAUGUCCAUCUGAGCAAGCGGGACGCUAUUGUAGUAGACAUUUCCCAGCUAAACUCUUUCCUCAUGGACAACAAGACCAGGGAGAGCUGUGUCUGAUUCCUCAACAUACCAUCAGUGGGAGUUGCUUUACUCCUCCCACCCUCCCCCCUCACAGUCUAGAAAAGAUGGACCAUAAAACUGUAGGGGGGAGACGAACUGUGUUCUUUUUUUUUUAUUUCUACUUUUUAGUCUUUUUUAAUUGUUAUCAUUUCUCAGUGGACCUGCACUUCAGCGCACAGCCUCUUGAAAAGGCAGAGACUGCAGGUAUCGUGACAGACACUGAAACAAUGAAAACUCAAUGCAAAUCAAUGCAAGAAAUAUCUAUAAAUAUAUUUAAGAUGAGAAGAUAUUUGUGUGAGGGUUGGAGACUGGUGCUUCUCCUUCACUAGGUGGUUAGGUGGAAAGAAAAGACCAGAACACUUGAAGUGACGGCAGGAUUUGAAUCCUGUGUUAGACUGGAAAGCAUGUAGCCUGGCUACUCACUCAACAGACAAGACACAGGGGAUGUUAGAAUGGCAUCUCCAGCUUUUAAUCCCCUUUCCUCAAAGUAGUUAGCAGUAGUCAGGGAGACAGUGUAUUUGCUACUCUGUCUUGAGAAAUCGUGAUAGUGUAAAACUAAAAAAAAUGAUUCCGGAUCAUUCACUGCCAGUUGCUGAAAGAUGGACUGACGGCUUUUUUUAUUCAGGGUCUAAGCUAUCGAUUUCUCCAAGCGCAGUCGUUUUAUAAUGCAAAUGAUGCUAAAAGCAAAACGCAUUUACAAUCCAGUUUCUGUCACAAAUGUGCAAUCGUCAACAAUAAUUUUUACUAAUUAGAUUUUUCAAGAUAAUUUAAUUCUCCUAGACAAACGUAACCUCUAUAGAGAUUUUCUUUUCUUCGUUUGGAUAACAAUUAAGACUGCUAACCAAGUCGUCUUUAUUUUAUUUGUUGUUCUCGGUGUCCUUGACUUUGUCCAGCACAGUGCCUAUACUGGUGGAGAGAGAAAUUUGAGCACUCCAUUAAAAACAACAAUGUAUGUAGGCUGCCAAGGAAUGUAUAGGACAGAUACCAACAUGCAUCAAAGCACAAAAAGAGCCUUUUUGUGAAGAAACUUGACUGUAUUGUUUAUAAGAUCUUGUCCUUCAUUGUCAAAAACAAAAGAAAAAAAAAUCUUGUGGUUCCUUGGUGUCUGUACAAGAUGUGCAGUCUGCUAUACUGGCUUGUUUUUACCCACCCUGCCCUCUUGAAAUGGAACUGAAGGCGAAUUAGACACAAGUUGACUAAGAGGUUACUGAAGACUUUGGACUGUGUUUUUUUGAAAGUGACCUGGAAAUAUAUACUGCAUGCUUUCCAGUGGGCCACACAUCUGGACUAUCAAUGCUUCUAUGUGUGUACCAAAGCAUGCUGCCAGAUCUGCGUGUGAAGGAACAGAGAGGCCAGAAAUCUGCUUCGUUCUUGUUGGAUUAUCAACACAGACAUAUGUGGGAAGUCCCAAAUGAUGUUGUGAUUUUUGGCAGUGAGAUGAAUCAGAUGGAAACGCUUUUCUAAAUGCCCAUGUUAGGGCACUACGGGAGUGUUUAAGACCUGAGCCAGUACCAAUGUGGAUAUUAUGUACAGUAGCAAUUUUGUGAUGUCGAGUCAAAAAAAAAAAUGUUACCAGUGGAGUGAACAAACAGUAUCUGUGCCAAAAGGAACUCAACAUGCAUCUUUGAUCAACCAGCAUAUUGUUGAGGAGGAAAAUGUUUUGUAAAGUUUAAGUUGUGCUUUGAUUUCAGGUCUUUAUCCAUCAGCUCAACCACAGAAAUCCUCCUCUUCGCAUUGUCAGCAGCUUGAAACAAAAAGGCACAUAUGUCAAAUUUGUGCUCUCAUUCAGUCUUAUUUGGACUGCAAAUCCUUUCUAGUCUGUAGAACUGUUGCCAAAUUCUAAUCUUUUUGUUAGUUCACGUUCAGAAACUGCCACACUGAAGUUAACUGUACUGUUAGUUAUUCAAAAUUUAGAGGUGUGGUUGAGAUAUUUCACAGAAUUGUUUAGAAGACAUGGUCAACAAGGCAGAGUGGAUAUGAGGACCGUGUCAAAUAGAAUUGUGCUGUAAUGCUUUAUAAUUCAAAAAUUAGCCAGGGUUUAAAUUCAUGACAGAUUGUCAUUACAGGUGCUCUGUGUCAUACAAAAUCUUGGAAGGGGUUUCUGUUAUCUCUGGGAUCUAAUACUUGCUCCUUUACCAGCUCUGAGAGUCUGAUCCUUGUCCUAGCAAACCCCUA